GUGACGGCACGGGGCUGUCCUUGUGACCCGAACGGUUUUUCGCCACUCGCCGGUCCAGUGACUCCCGCUCCCGUGACUCCCGUGACUUCCCCCACGUUCGUCUCGAUUUGGUGACUGAUCUGCCGAUGCUCGCUGCUCGCCAACAUCAUGACAGGAUUGUACUUUGCACUGCUGGCGGUUCUGUUGCGCCUCGGCAGCCUUCCGCUCAUCCAUUUGAGCGCCUAGUUUCACUAAGAGCUCGUCUAUCAUUCCUGGUCGAGCACCGUGACGACUCCCGGUGCCACGCUGCGGCCCCGAAACCUCGGGAGCUGAUCAAGAGCUGGGGGUCCAUACGACCAUUCGUAUCGUACUCUGUGCUGUGCGCUUUCUUCCCGAGCACGAGGGUGACCCUGAAUGUCCUGUCGCUGGCUGUCAGCGGUGCAUCCAGCGAACAGUGGAAAUCUGAUCUCCUUGCUCGGCGUAUUUCUCGGCCGCCAGAAAAGCCCCCGGUGAGACGGGCCACUCAGUCACAACUACGUGGCUUUUCUCCAACCCGGUGGAACAGGCGUAUGCACGGAGGUGGGCAGGUGAGCACUUGGACAAUCGCCGGCGCUGCGUCCGCCCCAUCCCAACAGUUGAACAGUGGGUAAAACUGAUAGUUAUGCGUCUAAUAUGCUCACCUUGUCGACGCCAACCCGCUCAAGGUUCUUGCCUGCUGUCUUCUGUGCAUGGUGUCGCGCAUGCAGAAAUGCGAGUGA